UACAUACCCAACAUGUCCUCAACUGAGGUGGACAAAUUCUUAGCUGGGACCGCUCCAGUGAAAGCCGAGUUCGUCUUUUGCCGAUUCAGGCUCUCAAUCACUAUUCACAUAAGAAAACACAGAUUUCUCGUGCUAACAUCCGCGCCUGCACCACCCCCAGAUGAUGAUGCAGCCGAAGGAGUAACAAGUACUAAGGAUACCGUAUCUGGGCAGCAAGAUGAAGAAGGCGGUUCUGGAAAACAAAAUGCCAUGUCGAAUAGGGCCAAAAAACGCGCCGAACGAAAGGAGAAGCGCGGUGCAAAUAAAGGUCGAAAGUUCAACAAGAUAAAAGACGACCUGGACGUUUGUUGGAAGACAGCAAAUGGGCAAUUGUGUGAGUUUGGGAACGAAUGCCGGUAUAACCACGAUAUUCCAGCUUAUCUCGCCGCAAAGCCCAAAGAUCUACGAAUUCCGCUUAUCUCUGAACUUCUCGACGAGCCGAAACCAGAGUCGGAGAAUGGCGUUGUUAGAUUGACAUCCUCAUCGACAGGUAGACCGGUCGUCUGUCCUGUGUUUGAAGAGCAUGGGGAGUGUCGUUAUGGAUACAAAUGUCGAUAUCUCAGCGCACAUAUCAAACGAAGCGACUCGGAUGGUGAAACACCAGAAAUAGCUGUAGAUGAGGAGAAAAAAGCUCGACUCGCAAUUAGUGCCACAGAGGUCAAUUAUGUCCGUCCGGAGACACAGAAACUCUUGAGGACUAAAAAAUUCCCUUUCCUGGUCUGGGAAGCGUAUCAGAAAGAGACACAGGCGGCUGAGAAGAAGGCAGAAGAAGAAGAGAAGGCGCGAAAAGAACAGAAACGACGAGAAGAGGAUGUUGCGAUGGAGACCGGAGAUGAGCAAGAUAAAACAGUGAUGGAGGGUCAAGCGGAUGUUGAAAAUAUGGUGAAAAAACGCACUGGCGCUGACUUGGCUGAGCAAGAUUCACAAACAAAUGCUCCAGACGCGAAAGUUAGAUUUUCUGAAAAGAAACGCCUUGACUGGAAGGGGAAAAGCUACUUGGCCCCACUCACCACUGUCGGAAACCUACCUUUCCGUCGUUUAUGUGUCGAGUUUGGCGCAGAUAUCACCUGUGGAGAAAUGGGCCUAGCAACCUCUUUCCUGUCAGGUUCAAAGGAGGAAUGGUCUCUAGUCAGGCGUCACCCUUCCGAAAAAAUUUACGGUGUUCAAGUUGCUGGAAAUAAACCGAAUACUCUUGUUCCGACGGCGGAGGUACUAGCGAAAGAAUGUGCUGGUAACAUCGAUUUUGUCGACGUGAACUGCGGUUGUCCCAUCGAUUUAGUAUUUAAAACUGGUAGUGGAUCAGCUUUGCUGGACGCGCCGGCUAAGCUCGGGAGGAUUGUAGUCGGGAUGAACAAAGCACUUGGGGAAAUUCCUGUGACUGUUAAACUACGAACGGGAGUAAAAGACGGACGGAACAAUGCACACAAGCUUAUGCCUAGAUUGGUGACGGAAUGGGGGGCGGGCGCGCUGACGCUUCAUGGACGUACACGUCAACAACGCUACACAAAAUUGGCAGAUUGGAGCUAUAUCAAACAAUGCGUGGAAGCCGUGAGGGCCUGUGAGGCGGAGGCGGAGGAUUUUCCCCCUGUUCCGCUUUACGGCGGAGGCGAUUGCUUUUCCUCACAAGAUUACUGGUCUUGCAUUGAACAGAGCGGCGUGGAUGGUGUGAUGGUCGGUCGAGGGGCUUUGAUUAAGCCGUGGAUCUUCACAGAAAUCAAAGAACGGAGAGAAUGGGAUAUUAGUGCUCGGGAGAGGCUAGAGGGCAUCCGAAAGCUCGCUGAAUAUGGGAUUUGUCACUUUGGGACAGAUACUGCCGGUAUUAACACGACGAGGCGAUACUUGUGCGAAGCAUUGUCUUUCCAAUAUCGUUAUGUGCCCAUCGGUUUACUGGAGCGGCUUCCUGGACGUAUAAACGACCGGGCUCCGGCAUUCAGAGGUAGAGACGAGCUGGAAACAUUACUCGCGAGCCCCGACAGCAGAGACUGGGUUAAGAUUUCGGAGAUGUUCUUGGGACCUGCACCUGACGCGUGGUCGUUCACUCCAAAGCACAAGAGUAACGCCUAUGAGGCCCAGGGAUAGUUCAAUGCUCUUAUUGUUCACCGUACAUUAUUGAAGCAUGCGUCCUUUCCAUACAAAAUGACUGACUUCGUCCCGAA